AUGCCAUCCUCAAGUGCAAGGCAGCGCAACAAGAGAGCGUUGGAGUCGACGGGCGGUGUUUCGCGUUCACCGGCGUCCAAGGGCAAGGGACGCCGAUCCGGAGAAGGUUCGAAGCUUCAGUCGCUGCUCUACAUUCUCCUUGCUACCACGGUGCUGCUGGCUGGAUAUCAGAUCGCCCGCUUCUACUAUCGAGGUCACGCAGCGCUUUCGCCGCUUUCCGCAUGGACGAAGACCAAGUACGGCGCGCACGGCCGAGUCGGGUCGGUCGGACCUGCUAACGUGGCCAACGCGAGGAUCAAGUUCAACAAGCUUGCUCCCGAGGGCGGAGUGGCAAGUGCACCAGCGCUCGUGCCAGGACAGGAGACGACCGACUCGCUGGAUGAGCUGCGGGAAAGGAUCGGGCGGGAGGGCGAGCUGGAUGCGCAGUUUGAUGAAGAUGGCAACCUCGACCUAGCUACGAUCCAGCGCAUGCUCGACAUCCUGUACAAGCCCGCAAGAGACGGCGCCAAAGGUGCAGCCCGUGCAGCCGGACGCGUUCUCGAGGCGGCCACCGAAGGCGCGGUCGAUACCGAGGCGGCGGACGAGGCUGAGGUCGCUGAUGAGAGCGCGCCGUGA